AGCCUAUCUCAACACAAUUAGGGCAGCUGAGACAUAAGGGAUAGGAUCCCCCAUCCCCUUCUCCUUCCCCUUUCCUAGCUAUAUAUCUAGCUGUUUUCUUAAUUUGCUCUUCAAGACUCACCUCCUUCCCUCUUUCGAUUCCUUUUCUCGCGUAGCUAGAGAAAUCAAUGUCAACCCAAGGUUUGCCUGAUCAAGGCAUUUGCUAUGUCCACUGCGACUUCUGCAACUCCGUUCUUGUGGUCAGUGUUCCUGGAAACAACCUGGUGAGCAGUAGCGUUGUUCCAGUACGAUGUGGGCAUUGCUCAAGCUUGCUCUCUGUGAACAUGGAAGCCCUGCUUCAGACACUCCCUUUUCAUGAUCAUUUUCAGAGAGACAACAUGGGAUCGCAUCAAGAAAAUAGGAUGGAAAGUGGGUCGCCUUCCUUAUCGUGCACAAUGCCAAAGGGCCAAGAAGAAAUUCUCCCCGCAGCACACUCAUCAGAGAAGCGAGAACGUGUUCCCUCUGCAUAUAACAAGUUUAUCAAGGAGGAAAUACAAAGGAUAAAGGCUAAUAAUCCAGACAUCAGCCACAGAGAAGCUUUCAGUGCUGCAGCUAAGAAUCUUUCGUUGCAGUGGGCUCACCUUCCUCACCUCCAUUAAUUUGGGGUUAACAUUUGAUAGCAACAAACAAAAGGAGAUAGAUGAAGCAAUGGGCCAUCAGAGUUUCUUCUGAGUAUAUAUAUAUAUAAUUUAAAUUGCAUGAAUGAUAUCAAAUAUUUGUAUGCUGCAAUAUCUGCUGAACUUAACAUAAAUUUGUCAAUCUUUAUGAUAUUUGUAUUAAUGGAGAGAACUUAGUUAUCUGAUGGCAUUCAAAAGAAAUUAUUCUCC